GUACCGUUGGACGGACGUUUGUGUGAGCGACCGAAGGAAUCUCUUGGAAGCAGCAGUAGCAGCAGCAGCCGCUCGACCAUCGAUCGUACACAUCUGUCGCAAGAUCGUCUAGCGCUGUUACCGCAUCCGCUUGUGUGCGUGGCGAGCGGGUGGGGACUGCCAAAUUUUCCGUUGUGACAGCUGAGCCGAACCGAUUUUUGGGGGGUUGAGCCCACACCGACAGGAGUCACGGACAGUUCGGUACGGUCAGUUGCUGGUGUUUUGUCGUGGUGGAUGGUCGUGUCGCCAGACGUUGGUUGGGUUUUUGAUUCGCGUCCAAGCAUGUGUCCAUCGGUCGGCUAGAGCAUCGUUCGGUUGUUCUUAAUACGGGGUGUCUCAAAUAGCCCAAUCGGGAUAUCAGUGCGUGCGCGAUUGUGUUUCAGUGUGCGUUUUGGUGCGUGUGUGUGUGUGUGAUCAUCGCCUAAUCUAUUCCGCAGACAGUGCAAAAGAUGCCCAGCUCGUCUGGCACGAAAUGGGAUGGAUUUUAUUAGACAAAAUCUAGGUCAACGCAUGUGUUAAGCAAGAUACGAGCAGCCAGCGUCGUCUUGUACGCUUCCUAGGUUUAUUCAGUGCUAGUGUUUAUCCUCCCCAUUUUGAGAAGCUCUGUAGAAGGAUUAGCUGUGAGCUUCAUUUAAAGGUGAUCAACGAAGCACGUCACUUGCACGCCUCGGAAGCCCAUGCCGAGUUCCUUAAGGGGCGAUAAGUGAAUCGGAUACUUGAUCGGAAUCAAUUGCCUAACCAACAACCACAAGUGCCACGUCACACACACACACAUCACAUCAUCCGCGCCCGAGGAAGCUGUGUGAGCCACCGAGAAAACUCCUUUAAACAAACGCCCAACCAUGAGUGUCGCGGACAACUUUACCGACUUUUACUCCGGCACGUCGUUCGUCUUUCGGAUGGCGGUGGACGAGUACAACAGUGAGCGCAACUGGACCGGCCUCAUCGAUCGCUACUGGCUGAUCGUGGAGGAGCUGAUCGCUGAUCCCCGAGCGAAACAGCUUCCCUUCAUGGACAAUCCACUGCCGACGCUGGGCAUGGUCAUCUGCUACCUCUUGUGGGUUCUCCUGAUCGGUCCGAUGUACAUGCGCGACCGGAAGCCGAUGGACUUGCGACGAGUGAUCAUCUUCUACAACCUGUUUCAGGUGCUCCUCAGUGGCUACAUGUUCUACGAGCACCUGAUGGCCGGUUGGGUGAGGGGUUACAGUCUAACGUGCCAAACGGUGGACUACAGUGACAGCCCCCUAUCGCGAAGAAUGUUCAACCUUUGCUACGUGUACUAUCUCUCGAAGCUGUCCGAGUUUGCAGACACCGUGUUCUUCGUGCUCCGCAAGAAGCAGUCCCAAAUUACCGACCUGCACGUCUACCAUCAUUCGCUGACACCGAUCGAGGCGUGGAUAUUGACAAAAUUCAUUGCCGGUGGUAAUGCGACGCUGCCGAACGUGAUUAACAACUUCGUCCACGUGCUGAUGUACUUCUACUACAUGCUGUCGGCGAUGGGAUAUAAGAUCUGGUGGAAAAAAUACAUGACAGAAGUUCAAAUUAUUCAAUUUGUUAUCUGCAUCGCGCACUGCAUCAAUGCCCUCGCAACCGGUUGCCCAUUCCCGCGCUUCAUCACCACCCUGCUGCUGAUCAACGCAUCCAUCUUUCUGGCCCUCUUCAUGAACUUCUACAUCGAAAGCUACAAGCGUAAAUCGAAAUCGGCCACCGCCAAGGUCAGUGCCGAAGCGAGCAAACCCGGGCUCGAAUCAACGAAGGAAGUUUCCGGCGUUCAAGAACUCCCUCCCGUAGAAGCCCUCCCACCCACCGAACCGGAAAAAAUCAGUCACCUGCGUAAGGAGGAUGGUCCAGAAAUCAUCCCACUGGAAGACAUCAACAACAACGACAGUCGAACGGUGCUGGAGUCGGAAAAGAAACCACUGGAAGUGUGCCCGACGGACGCGAAGGAAGGUGCGCCAGAAGGUGAAGCCAAAGGCACGGUGGAGGACGGGAGUGUAGAACCGGUGCAACAACCACACCAACAGGACACAACAGGACUGAGGCAACGAAUAGUGUCAAACGAGGCUGCCGAACGGGACGCUUGGACGGGGCCAACGAAAACCGUGGAGCUUGCGAGCGGUUGAAUGGUCACGAUCACCGAUCCGCGUAUGAAUGUAUGCGUGCAUGUGUGUGUAUAAGCUUGUAUAAGUGCGAGUGUGAGUUUGUAUGUAUGUUUGUAUGUCGCAUUUUCUUUUAAACCGGGGAAAACAAAAGAAGAAAAAAACAGCAGCAAUCGGAACACACCGAUAGCCGGUCCGAACGUAGGAGAUAGAUCACUCAGUUAGUCAGUAGUUCGUACAGGCCCGGGUCGGUUGUUGUUGUUGGCCUGGGGAACAAAGCAUAAGCAAAACCUUGUUAGCUAGUGUAAAAAUAGCGAAAAGGGAAAGCGAAUAGAAAGGAAAACUGUAUCUAAAUAGCGAGCCAUUUUGCUGGAGGUUUUUAAGCCACCGUACGGUCCAAACCCGUGUACGGUUCGAAGGAUGAGAUAGCUUAGGAUUUAAGUCAACGUGUAAUAAGCCUGUGUGCGUGUGUGAGUUUGUAUGUGUGUGUGUGUAAGAAAACAGAAGACACAAAAUGCAGUAGUAACACAUCUUAACGAACCGCGUCACGUUCUUGUACCACUUGCAUGGUACGUUCUUCCGAGACCAACACCAACAAAGAAAAAAAAAUCGGCUUUUCAUCUUCAACUAGGAUUUUCCGUGGCUGGGAAAAUUGCGAUCGAUGGAUAAUUUUUGCAUUUGGCUUAGUUGGGAAGGAAAUGCCCUAUUUUCCCUUUUUCCUCCCAUGGUUACUCCAUUCUGUUCCUCUAUUUCCACUUCAAAAUACCAAUCAUGCUUAAGCUGGCAGUCGAUCGUCGUCGUCGUCGUCGUCGGUGCAAAUGGCCGUUGCAUUCAAAGGGGCGCGCACACACACAAGGAGCGAGGGUCUAGUCUGAAGUGUUUUGUGUGCUUGUGUCCAACCAUUACAAAACCACUUUCAACCACCACGUUCAAUCAGCUGCUGUGGCUGCUGCUAUGAAUCAAGUUGCGAGCAGAGUGCAAUUUAUAACCCAUCUUUCCAUCUUAACUGUGCUGCUUGCUUAUUUCGAAUUUUGUUCACAUUUUGUAGCUUCCCACCCUUUUUUGCUGGUUCGUUUUGAAGCGAAAAACGAUUUUCCUCUCGUUUUGCCAACUUUUCUCUUCAAAUGAUUUACGCCGAGUUUUCUGUGUUAGAAGUUUUACAGUUUUGUUAUUUUGAUUCUACGCCCCUUUUUUAUUCGAACAAAUUUACUCAAACUUUUCGUAUAGAGAGUUUUUUUGUUUCAAAAAGGAGAACAAAACACAGCUUUACAGUAAGCACCGAAGCAGGAGCAACCUUUUGUUGAUUUGUCUUGUUGUGGUGAACCUCAUUCAAACCGUUCCGUCCAAUCGCUAAUGGUGAUGCAACCAGCACUUUACACCCGGAAUGCUGCGAAGACGGUGGUUGCGUUCGAUUGCGAUUGCACUUCAAUUGCCAUUGCCCGGUUUUGCACAAUUGCAUCCCUGUCUCGGAACUUCCUCACAUCGAGCAUCAUCGCUUUGUGCAAGUGUGUGCCUUUUUUUCCCCACCAGCGAGAAAAAAGAGCCGAUGCAAAGCUGGAAUCGAUUGUUCCGCUGCAUCCAAAAUGCACCUUUUCCGACACCAUUCAUCAGCGGACAGCUUCAAUUUUCAGUGCGGGAAAAUGUCGAAGGAAACGGUGGAAACGAAUCAAAGGAAACGAGCCAUUAGCUUUAUUUGAGCGAGAAAAUACAGAAAAGCGAUUUCAAGCACUGGUUUCGGACGUUUUGUAAGAAGACUAGAUUUGUUAAAAAUAUAAUUCUUUUGAGAGUUCUUUUAAA